AUUCAACAGCGACUAUUCACUCCUAGUUUGUGAUUUUAAUGUAGCUCGGCAGCUUAGUUGCAGAAUGAGGACGAAGCCACGGGCAGAGACAGUGGCCUGGGAGUCUAAUCCGAGGGCACCUGAGGAGGGAACAGCUGUGCUAGCAGAGGAGACAUGAUGCUGGGAGCGGGUCAGAGCUGCAGAGGGAUGACGACGCUGCUCCGGUAUUUUAACAACAAUCACCUCUUCCCUUGAUGGUGAGUUAGCUCGUGGAGUUAGCCGCUGCCCCCGGGCUGUGAAACCAGGUGUCCCGGCUGAAUGACUGAGGUCCUGCGUCCUUCUUCUCAGGCUGUCAUCCAUCCAUUCAUCCACUCAGCAGCCGCAGCUGACAGCGCAGCCACUUCCGGGCUCUGCACAAAGAGCUCUGUCCUCCCUCAAAUACAGGAAUCCCGAGGGCGAUGGUGAUUCGGACCAUUUAGAUAGGAUAUGAACCUAUGGAGCUGUAGGGACUGGCUGAUCAUGUGGACAGUGAUAACAUAAUCAGUGCUUUAGGAUCUUCCUAUCUGAAGGAGUGAGUAUUUACUACUCCUCUGGGUAUUCAGAGCCUAAACCAGUUUGUCCCACAGGAAGAACUGUGCAGUUAACUUAUCCACCUGCAGCCACCACAUCUGGGUGUGUGUGCUCCACAGUGAAGGCAGGAUAGAUUAACUGACUAAAGGUGGAGACAGAUCUGUGCUCGGAAGAAUUUCCCUGCUCCCUUUCAGUACUUUAAGCUCCCACCGGUGGAAACUCUGCCACAAUGACUACAGACUGGGGUGAGAAGUCCACAGCGGACCUCAUGAGUAGGUAUGACUCCAAGGAAAUGGGAUGUGGAGUACCCAACGAGGGCUGGCGGAUCUGUCUGGCUCACGAGUUCAAGGAAAAGAGAAAACCCUUUCAAGGAACAGAUGUGUCGCUGUCCAACAUCUGGUAUCACCUCGGCCUCGGAGUCAGGUAUCUAAAGUGGUGGUACAAGAAGACCCAGGUGGACAAGAAGGUUCCAUUCAUUGAUAUGUUCGGUGCCCAACCCCUGCGUCAAAUAUAUGGUGCUCCACUUGGUGGUAUUGGAGGAGGAACCAUCACUAGAGGCUGGAGGGGGGAGUUCUGCAGAUGGCAACUUAACCCGGGAAUGUACCAGUACAAAACUGUCACAGCAAAUCAGUUCACAGUUUGUUUGCGUCGAGGAGGACAAACAGUUUACCAGCAGGUGCUUUCUGUAGAGCGGCCGCCCACGUUACAAGGCUGGAACUGGGGCUACUGCGGGGAGUACGCCUUCUACCACGCCCUGUACCCUCGUGCCUGGACUGUCUACCACCUGCCAGGGCAGAAUGUCACCCUGACCUGCAGACAGAUUUCCCCUGUCAUCCCCCACGACUACCAGGACUCCAGUCUCCCAGUGGCCGUGUUUGUGUGGGACAUAGAGAACAAGAAUGACUAUGACCUAGACGUCUCCAUCAUGUUUACCAUGGUCAAUGGAUCCGGGCACAAGAAUGACAAGAGCGGAGGACACUGGAAUGAACCUUUCCAUCUGGAGAAGGAGGGGGAGACGGUGUCUGGGGUCUUGUUGCAUCACUGCACCACAGUGAACCCUUACACACUGUGCAUCGCAGCCCGAGAGCAGCCGGACAGGAAGGUCAGUCACCAGACAGCGUUCAGUCCAAAGGGAACCUGCAGCGCUCUGUGGAGUGACCUCAUCACUGAUGGACGACUGGACUCUCCGACAGGUUCCAGCCCUCCGACCGCAAAGGGAGACACGGUGGCAGCAGCGUUGGCGGUGAGCUGCUCAGUGCCGGCUCAGAGCCAUAACACCCUGGAGCUCUGUCUGGCCUGGGACAUGCCCAAUAUCACUUUCGGCUCCAGAGAGAGGGAACACAUGAGGAGAUACACUCGUUUCUUUGGGACCAAAGGGGACGCGUCCCCCUCUCUCAGCCACUACGCUCUGACACAUUACAAACAGUGGGAGAGGAGUAUCGAGGAAUGGCAGAGACCAAUCCUGCAGGACAGUUCUCUACCCUCCUGGUAUAAAUCAGCCCUGUUCAACGAGCUGUACUUUGUGGCGGACGGAGGGUCAGUGUGGACGGAACUAGGAGAAGACGCAGACGUCAGUGGCGGCGUCCGCAGCGAGGACGGGGGGCUUCCAGCUCAGCCUGCUGUCGUCAAAGAGUACGGUCGUUUUGCCUACCUAGAAGGUCAAGAGUACAGAAUGUACAACACAUACGAUGUGCACUUCUACGCUUCGUUUGCUCUCAUCAUGCUGUGGCCCAAACUUGCCUUGAGUGUGCAAUAUGAUAUUGCUGGCAGUGUGGUUCAGCCGGACCCAACAGUGAGGAUGCACCUAAUGAACGGGCUGUGUUCUCCUGCCAAGGUCAAGAAUGUGGUGCCUCAUGACAUCGGUGACCCAGAUGAUGAGCCUUGGCAGCGGGUGAAUGCCUACCUCAUUCAUGACACUGCAGACUGGAAGGACUUGAACCUGAAGUUUGUCCUGCAGGUCUACAGGGACUUUCAUCUCACCCAGGACAGACAGUACCUGCAGGACAUGUGGCCCAUCUGCAAGGCGGUGAUGGAGUCGGAGUCCAAGUUUGACCUGGAUGGAGAUGGUCUUAUAGAAAACUCUGGCUAUGCAGACCAGACCUAUGAUGGCUGGCCAGUGACUGGACCAAGUGCGUACUGUGGUGGGCUGUGGUUGGCGUCCCUGUGUGUGAUGUGUAAGAUGGCCAGGCUGGUGGACAAUGAGGAGACACACCAACAUUACAGAGACAUCUUAGACAGAGGCAGUGCUGCUUUUGACAAACUGCUGUGGAACGGAAAGUACUACAACUAUGACAGCAGUGGGAGAGAACUUUCCAACAGUGUCAUGUCUGACCAGUGUGCUGGCCACUGGUUUCUGAGAGCCUCUGGGCUGGGGGAGGGAGACUUCCAGGCUUUUCCAAAAGAAAAAAUCCAGAGUGCACUCAAAUCCGUCUUUGACUUGAAUGUAAUGAGCUUUGCUGGAGGCCAGAUGGGGGCAGUAAACGGCAUGCGUCCUGAAGGAGUGCCAGACCGCUCCAGUGUCCAGUCAGAUGAGGUCUGGACUGGAGUCGUGUAUGGACUGGCAGCCACUAUGAUCCACGAGGGUAUGCGGGAUGAAGGCAUGCGCACGGCAGAGGGCUGCUACCGCACCGUGUGGGAGAGACUCGGCAUGGCGUUCCAGACUCCUGAAGCCUACUGUGAGAAGGGCAUCUAUCGCUCACUGGCUUACAUGAGGCCCCUGAGCAUUUGGGCCAUGCAGCUGGCCCUAAAUACUUCACAGACGAUUCAGACCACAUCAGCUCCAACUGGAGACACGGAUGGGAGCAGGGACACAAUUUGAGAAAAUGCUUGAGCCAUUAGAGUGUUGUGAUUCGUGAGGGACGUCCAGUUCCUUAGAAAAUGACCUCCAAACACUCCCACACUGCAGUGCUCUGGUAGACUGGUUACACACCUUGAAUUUCACUCUCGACCGUCUGUUUUGCUUCGGAUGUUUUGUCGUUUACGGCUUGAGGUCGAAAAACAGUUUUUUUUUGCAGUGCAUGGUUUAUGUACAACAAAGUCGACAACCACUGUAGAUGAUCAUGAAUUAGGUAAAAGGUUCAACAUUUUCCAAGAGCCUGAGGUGUGCAGUGUUGAGGGUGUUUAGGCACUGUCAAAAUCAUAGCCAGUAUGUGUUGCUCAUUAAAAAUUGUGUUCCAGCAACAUACACGACACUUCUACAUUUAACAGUUCGCAAUCAUAAUAAUGAUAAAGUUUGCAGACUUGAAACCGGCUUAUAUGCUAAAUGUUUGAGGACUGUUGUCUGUUAUUAUGCCAGCCACAUGUAGGUAUUAUUGUAAUGAAAUGAAGUCACACGGCCUUGAUUACUGGAUAAGAUGUGUAGACACUUGAAAAAAGUAAUUUUGAAGAUUUUAUUUUCCUCCAAUUAAAUUUGAAUGCUGUAAUAAAUGAUGUAAUAUGCGCUGAGUACUGUUGGGAAUUAUGUCUGAAAGAAUAUAUAUUUUCCCUUUUUAAAAAAAAACAAACAAACAUGUGGUGACUUGUUGCAUGUUGGCCUAUAUCUACAAAAUAUAUAUGAAUGUAGCGGCAACA